GGCCACAACUUCAUAUCGCAGGCCACGCUCCAUUAAUUUCUUCGUUAUUUACUUCAAAAAAUGGCGUGAUAUCGCUAUAAAUGCAUUCGCUGAUGAAGCUUUGCGCUUGCGCAGGUUAAGGACACAAGACUUCGUUGGUGGCCUUUAACAAUCAUACUUGCCUUGGGCGUAUAUUAUUGACAGGAUCAAAUCUUUGUUCCUGAUCUGAUUAUUUCUAUGCUGGAGACAAUGCAGCUGGAUUGGCAUUUAGAAGGAACUCUUUGCUCUUCUCUUAUCAUAAUCUUGUAAAUAUUCAUAGAUGGCAGACUGGGCUGCUAUCUCAUCUGCUGUCUAUUCACAACCUCAACCUAGUCAAUUCUACAAAAAUGAUAGAAUCUUUGGCAAAAGCUUGGUUCACAGUAAGAGACAUUUAGGGCAUAUUGAGACUCACCUUUUCCUUGGGAGGAAGCAUUCUUUUCAACAAUACCAUGGCCAAUAUCAAAGUCAUUUUUUUGCUUUAGGACGAUUGCAUAGAAGCUGGACUGAAGGCUUGCUUUGGACACCAUGCUAUCAUUCUCAGAAAAUCUAUUCUUUGGACGUGCUUGCAUUUGGAGACAUGGGAAGGAAACAUCUCUGUGAAAGAAAACAUAGAUUUUUGUGGAGUACUUCCUGUUUUGCAUCAUUUUUGAAGGAGCCUUGCAGUUUUAGUUCUAAUUCUUCUGGCUUAUCAAAUGAUUCGGUAUGGAAUUAUAGUGAUUACAAACAUUCAAGAGGUUGCAAAAAUUCUUCUGGAUUUCAAUGCUUUGCAGCUCUGGUAGAUAUUGGAAACGUCAUGUCUUUGGAGUGGACAUCUGCUGUGGAUGAGGUGCUAUUAGCUACCACUGUUGUCCUAGCAUAUAUGGCUGGAAUAGUCACCCCAAGAUCUCAAAUUUCUGGAAGAAGGCAGAAUGACAUUGCAAAUUUGGAUAAUGCCUCAGCAGAUAAUAUUCUCUUCAGCAGGCUUGAAAAGAAAGAGAACAAUAAUAAUGUGGGUGACAUCUGGAACAUUGUGCAAAGGAAACUUACAACAGCUGUGAAUGUUAUUGAGAAAAAUGAUAGCUAUGGAACUGUGUUCUUGGAACGUGAAAAUCCUGGGAAGAGCAAUAUGAUAAGUUUGCAAGCUAUUGAGAAGGGUCCAAGAUUAAGACUUCUCUGGACAACAUUGGAUCAUCUUCACAAAGAGAUUGGCAAGGUUCCACUAAACAGAAAAAGUUUAGACCAAGGUGAAUGUGUAAGGCUUCUCUUAGAUAUUGUAAAUGCUUCAGUUGGACCAAUAUAUGCACGAUGGCUUCAGGAAGAGCAUAGAAGGAAUGACUGUAUUCUUUCCGAGGAGGUAGGUAAUAUGAUUCCUGAUGAUUUUAAAAGGAAUAAUCUGAUACUGCUAAGAAUAAGGAACUCUGGUAAAGAGGGCCUCUAUACAGACUUAUUAUACAACCUACGCUUUGGAACAAGGAGAGCCCGGAGCUGCUGUUCUUAUGAUCUCCUUGUAAAGCAUGGUGUUCAUAUUCUGGAAGAUUUGGUUAUUGAAUUAGCAGAUGGUAUUGCAACCUUCUUCUUGGAAGUUAUAUCCAUGGACAGGUCCACUUCAAGUGAGGAUGAAUUGACUAAUUUGGUUAAGCCCUCUUACAUGUCAACACGAGCUCUUGAAAGAUUUCGGAAUGAGGUUGCUCUGAGCAGGUGGUUACAGGAUAACUUCUUUUCUGUGGUAGCCAUUUAUGAGGAUCGGUUUAAUUUGUGGACUUUUGAAACAGUUCCUCUUAAAACUCCACCUGCAACAAAGAGCUCCAAGUAUAGAUGGUGGAAGAAAAUGAAAUAUUUAAAAAUGGUAGGAGAGGAACCAUUAGAAGACAUAAUAAUUACUCAGGUUUUGCUGCCAAUGAAAAGGACAAAGGAAUUGAGGGCUCUAUUGGGAUGGAGGUAUUACUACAGUGUAUUUUUGGAAGUUUCUGAUGUUGUGGGCCCUCUAUUAAGAGAUCUUCUGCAGAGAAUUGGCCGAGGUAUAGCUUUCCUUCUGGUAAGUUUAAUUGGAAGAUCACUUGGUCUGAUUUGUCAAGGUAUCAGGCAAUCUGUUAGCUGGAAGCCAUAAUGAUUUAGAGACAAGUAACCAUUCUGACACAAGAAAAAAAUGUCUCAUCUCAUUGGAUGAUCACUUGGACUGAUUUUUUGAGGUUCAUAGCAGUCUGUCAGGUGGAGGCCUUGAUAGGAUUGCAGGUUUAGGAAACUGUUUACAUAUGCUUGCCAAGUAAACCACCCGUUUUGUCCUCCUUAAUAUCAUGGAUUUCUUAUCUUGAAUAUUCCUUAUCCAUUUUUUCUAAGAGUAUUUGAUUCUUGACAGCAUUCAAAUAUUGUGUAUACUGAUCAACAGGAAUAAAACAGAUGUCUGUAAUCAUUUUUGUGCUGUUCAAAUAAUGAGGGAGUGAAAAUUUGGUUGACUGUAUUGUAAAGGCAAUUGGAAGUAUGCCGUUAUGUUUCGGUGUGGUUAAGCCCAACAUUUUCUUCUUGGUAUUGAAGUUUAUAUUGGUAUAUAUUCACUAUCAGAAUGCAGGUUACAAAUCCAAAACAAAUUGAGUAAAUCUAUUGUGGGCAGGAUUAUUUCACAGAAUAAGCUAGACUGUACUGAUUUGUAGAUUCAGUGAAUCUACUUAUGAAUUUUAGCUUUUGCGGGCUCUGAGGGACUGUUCUUAGUACAGCUUAAAAAAUUUCAACAAUGCAAAAUUCCUUUUAAAUUGAA